AUGGCUUUUCAAAACCACGACUAUCAAAUUCCACCAUUCUCUGGUCCUCCUCCUCCUCGUCGUAGAUGGUGGUCACGACCAAUAGUGACUUUGCCGGCAACUAAUGAUCGUAAAGCCACUUGCAUGGAAACUACGGUCUGCAUUUCACCUUGUUUCGGCUCAAUAUUCACCAUCGUCGCUGUAAUGGUAUAUAUGUUAUACUUCGUCGACAAUGCUCAAUGCGACGCCAAAUUCGCCAUCCAAUCUAUCGCCGUCUCUCCAUCCUCCACCAUAUGGCACGUUGAUUUUCUCGUUAAGAACCCUAGCUCUAGGUUUUCUAUCUACUACGAAGGCUAUGAAACUGCCGUGAGUCUCGGUUCCUUAAGCACUGCCGUUCUAAAUACUUAUCACGAACGUAAGUCACCAAGUCACACGGCUUUCUCAGUGGAUUUCGUUGCGGAGGGUAACCUUAACGACGUGGUUUCCGAACAACUAGAUAUCAAAUUAAGGGCUAAGCAUAAGACUUUCGGAGACGACUAUGCUAACGAUGGUUAUGUCGAUAUAAUGUGUCAUAAUCUAACCCGAAGCCAUGAGAACGUUGAGAAGAUUCAUUGUCACUCUUCUUUCACAAAAUUGAAGAUUUUGUAUAGAAAUCAGCUUUUUGUCAGUUCCGUUUCCGUCUCAAACGCAGACCCAAACGUUUCAGCCGCUGAUUGGACGAUCGGUUUCGUCGCGAGGAGUCCAGUCACCGGCUGUGAAAUCUCUAUCCAAACACUCAACUCGCGUUUGCUCCGACGCGGAGACGUUGUCUCCAAAUCAUCAUCUCCCUCGUUGGGUUAUUUCGUCACCGGAGACAAAGCAGAAGUCGUUUUCGAGAAGGUGGUUAUGCCGGGAAGUAUCGGCGACGUGGUUUGGGAUUCUCAGGUUGAGAUUAUGUUUGCGGUGAAUACAAAUGCUAUGUAUUUGAACGGUUUUUUGUUGGCGGCUUGUCCAACUAUUCCUGUGAAAAUCACGACGGAUCAGGCGGGGGAGGUCAUGGGAUCGUUGCUUGGAAAUAUGAGACGGUGCGAUUAUAUAUAUCAGAAAAACUUGGCUUAACUUGCUAUUCAUUUUUGUUUUAUUUUAUUAGUUCGA